AUGUCUGCUAGCACCACUCCUUCUUCAUUCUCUAAUCUCAGCUUCGCACCUCUCGACCCGCACUAUGCACUGAAAGGGCGUUUCGCCGCGGAUGACUACGAGAAGAAAGUCAUCCUAGGAUCUGGGAUUUAUCGAGAUGACAACUCGCAACCAUGGGUGUUACCUACCGUCAAAAAGGCCGAAGAGUUCAUCGACAAAACCCAAGACUCCGGUCGAUACGAAUAUCUCCCCAUCACCGGCUACGCACCCUUCCACAACGCAGCUCGCAAUCUUCUUUUUGGUCCAUUGGACGACGGUACUAACGCAGACCAAUUCGUCUCCGUGCACACACUCGCCGGCACAGGAGCCAACAGUCUCGGCGCUCGCUUCUUGCGCGAAGCAUUGAAUCCGACUGCAGUCUGGCUAUCCGAUCCCACAUGGGUAAAUCACUAUAACAUCUGGAGUCUGGUGGGCGGAGUCGAGGUCAAGAGCUAUCCAUAUUGGGAUGCUGAGAAGAAGGGACUCGAUUUUGAGAAUCUGAUCCAAACGUKGGAGACACAAGCCACAAGGGGGGAUGUCAUUGUACUGCAUGCUUGUGCGCAUAAUCCCACGGGGGUUGAUCCGAGCAAAGAGCAGUGGAAAAUUAUUGCGGCUUUGUGUGAGAGGAAGGGCCUUUUUCCGUUUUUUGAUUGUGCCUAUUUAGGAUUUGCAAGCGGCAACAUUGACGAAGACGCCUGGGCCGUGAGACACUUCCUAUCCCGGAAAACGCUCGAGCUCGCAGUUGCGCAGUCCUUCUCCAAAAACAUGGGCCUCUACGGCGAGAGAGUAGGCGCCUUUCAUCUGUACACUUCCUCGGCCGAAGCAGCGACAAAGGCGGUAGGCCAGCUUGAGCGUUUACAGCGUGGCCAGGUUUCGAAUCCGCCUGCUAGAGGAGGCAGAAUCGCGGCUGCGAUAUUGACGACUCCUAGCUUGUACCGAGAAUGGCUGUUGGAUUUGCAAGAUAUGGCCGAGAGGAUCAAAGGUAUGCGCACGGCGCUUAGAGAUCAGUUGGUUUCUUUAGGGACGCCAGGGGAUUGGGACCAUAUUCCAUCACAGAUUGGAAUGUUUUCGUACACCGGUCUUACUCCUGAGCAGGUGGACAUCAUGCAGGCGGAUCACCACGUUUAUGUCCUGAAAAUGACUACCGCAAAUGUCGUGCAUGUAGCAAAGGCGAUAGAUGGUGCUGUGAGGAAGUCGCCAAGGUAG